UGUCGGUCGAUGUAUGUACACUCUCUAACUUUUUCCUUCCUUGAUCUCACUCUAGCUGACGCCGACAUGUCUUGUAAAAAUCAUAUAAUCACGCAUGGUAAAGCGGCAUGUCUUGUGCUCGACCUUGAACCAACCGAAAGCAAUCAACGAAAAGCGAGCGAAGAGUUCGACAAGUACAAGGUCGAUGUCGUUUUACGAUCGAGACAACGGACCUCUGAAACCAUAUGCAAAUGGGAAAAUCAUUAAUUGCAAAGCGUCCAUAUACCUAUUUAAAAUACCCACGAUUAACAACCAACAUAUCAACGGCCAUGACAACUGAAAACAACCUCAGUGAUGUUGAGGGGGACAUGAACUCCCAAAGUAACGAUGACAAUGGCGAAAAGGACGUCGUCAUUGACGAUAACGAGAGCAUUUCCAGUACCGAAACUACGGAAAACUAUAGCCGAACUUCCCUCAUGACGAUGCUGAACUCUCUCUACUUCAAAGAAGUUCGAACGAAGGGUCUAUUUGAUUACGGCUUUUACACCGCACGUCAGAUGUAUGAUGACUUGACCACACACAUGCCUCGGUUGCAUGAAUUUGUAAAAUUUACGGCUUUCAGUAAAUGGAUCACAGAUGCCAACUUUGGACCCAGAACUUGCGUUCGUCUGGAUGAUAAACCGGUGAAAGGCCGCCACCUUUAUAAAAUCAAAGAUAGUGCAGCAGGCAAAAUCAACGAAACUACAUCAGCCUUUCGACAAGAGCUGGAGAACCGUGGCCCAAAUUGGAUAACUGUGGGAUAUGUGCGAAAAUCGGUCACAAAAGAGUCCGACGAAAACACCACAAGGCUAUUGCAGUUAAUGAUCAACAAACUGCAAAAUCGUUGUUUUUGUUCCCGCAUAUACGCUUCUCCAAACAGCCAGUCAACGAAGUCCAUCAUGGAAAGAGAUUUCGACAUCAGCAAGCGAAACGCCAAUAUAGUCGCAAACUUAACUGGAUGUGAUGGGAACGCACAAGACAUGUUGCAAUUCCUAACACACACAACCAAAAAUGUUCAGCUCUGCAUAAUAUCGUAUGCUGGACUGUCAACCAGGCCGGAUGAUGUGGAAUCUUUUCUGCGAGCAUGUAGAAUGGCAAAGGUCUUAGCAGUAGACCAUGACAGCCAGAUUGAAUCAAUCGAUCGCUACGCCUUUUUACAUGGAGACAAGGCGAAACUCCAGAAGUUCAAAUCCCGUUCUGGCUGCAUAAAGCGUUCAAAAAAUAAGCAUAUGCCGAAUGUAUACAUCCAUGCCAAAAAGGAAAAAAGACUGGAUCGAUUUGUAAUUAUUCUUGUUGGAAACACCACUUUUCAUGACGAAGCAGAGGUAGGAAUUUUCAGGUUUAUCUGAUUUUUUGAGUCGUAGGACGGAUAUUCUGCAUGUGAUUCUAUUCAAAUCCAAAAUACAGCAAACCAUAUAGUAAACAACAUUAAUCUAUAGAAGAUGAUGCAACAGAUAUAUUACUAUAGCAUGUCUAAGGGACGCUUGCUAGGAAUCACUAAGAAGUAGUCUAAUCUAUCCCUAUUAUUGAAUCCAGGAAAAAAAUAAUUGUAGGAUCAACCCCAUUUAUGAAUUUCUCUUUAGGGGCUAUAUCUCCUAGAAAAAAAUCAAUCGCAUUCGAUACAAGCUGUUUGUAAAAUAAUUAAUGCAUAUUGUCGUG